AUGCAAAUCAAUCCCCAGGUUGCGCGACUUCUACACAAUGGGUCAAUUUCCAACAUAUCCAUAUUUGAAAAAGCACGGGAUGCAGCCGUGAGCAUUUGUAAGUGCUUGAUGGUAGUUACAAUUAGGAGACAACUAGUAACAGAAUUGCCUAAUUGCAAUCAUGAUCAGAAAGUUAAUACUGAGAGUCAUUUGUUAGGAGUCUGUGAUUGCAAGAUGUAUAUUGGAAUUUCUGGUGCUCAAUCAAUUGCUGUCUCCAUUAUCAUAAGAUUCACAACACAGGUAGGGAUAAAACCUAUAAGCCCAACUUUUAUAAAAUACAUAUUUGAUGUCAUCACUUAUAAUUUAAUUAAAAAACAUGCUGUUAGAGUUUGA